UCUUCUUCUUCCUUUGUUUUCCUCUGUUUCUCCGAUUAAUUUCUUCUGAACUUCGAAAUUCUAGUCUCCGAUUCUUCUUCUUCUUACUACCACGACGCAUUUUCUGUCGGAUUUUUCUUCCUCGGAAGUUCUUGUGUGAUCUCCUCUCAAUUUCAUUUUCGCCGCCGCUAUUCACACUUCCUGGAAUUCUCUACCCGGUUUCUCAACAUUCCUAGAUCGAUGGAAAAUUUCGGAAAUGAUUUCCUCGAUUACCUCGUCGAUGACUACUACGACGUGGCUGAUUUUGAUGACGGCGAAACGCAGAGUAGUAGCGACGUGGAAUCUCUGGACUCUGAUUUCGAGGAUGAUUUUGAGAUGAGCAAAUCAAGAACCGAUACGUCUGCGUUGGAAGCUAGAAAUGGGAAAGACAUACAGGGCAUACCUUGGGAGCGGCUUCAUUUUACAAGGGAAAAGUGCCGCGAGACUCGUUUGAAACAGUACAGAAACUACGAGAGCCUCUCGCGCCCUCGCCAAGACCUCGAAAAGGAAUGCUUGCAAGUAGAGAUGGGGAAUUCUUUCUAUGACUUUCAGUUCAAUACGAGGCUUGUCAAAUCAACAAUUGUGCAUUUCCAGCUCAGAAAUCUGUUAUGGGCAACUUCAAAGCAUGAUGUAUAUCUAAUGCAGAACUAUUCAGUAUUGCACUGGUCUUCAUUGCUUCGAAGGAGCAAAGAAGUACUAAACGUAUCCAAACCAGUUGUUCCCACCUUGAAACUCCCAGGACUGAGGUCUCAGUCACUUUCCAGAGUUCAGAUAAGCACCAUGGCUGUGAAAGAGAAUCUAAUUGUUGCUGGUGGUUUCCAAGGGGAACUUAUUUGCAAGUACCUAAAUCAUCCCCAGGUUGCAUUCUGCACAAAAAUUACAGCAAAUGAGAAUGCCAUCACCAAUGCAGUUGAUAUCUAUCAAGAUUCAGUUGGUAAAAUAAGGAUCAUGACAGCAAACAAUGAUGCCAAAGUCAGGAUUUUCGAUGCCGAGAAUUUCGCUUCCCUCGGCUGCUUCUCGUUCGACUGGUCCGUAAAUAACACAUCCGUCAGUCCAGAUGGGAAGCUGCUUGCUGUUCUUGGGGACAAUCCAGAUUGCUUGAUCACCGACGCGAACUCGGGCCGAACAAUUGGGAGCCUCAGAGGGCACCUAGACUAUUCUUUCACCUCAGCAUGGCAUCCAAAUGGGCAUAUUCUGGCUACAGGAAACCAAGAUACAAGCUGUAGGCUGUGGGAUGUAAGGAAAAUGUCAGAGUCCAUGGCCGUUGUAAAGGGUAGGAUGGGAGCUAUACGAGCUGUGAAAUUCAGCUCAGAUGGAAGAUUCAUGGCCAUGGCUGAACCAGCAGACUUCGUGCAUAUCUUUGACACCGAAUCAGGUUGGGUUGAAGAACAAGAAAUUGAUAUGUUCGGAGAGAUAGCGGGCAUAUCAUUCAGCCCAGAUAGUGAAUCUCUUUUCAUUGGUGUGUCUGAUAGAACUUACGGUAGCUUAUUAGAGUUCAACAGAAGACGUCACAACAGGUACAUGGACUCCAUGAUUUGAUAUGCUAAACUCAAACUGCACCAGUAAAUAAUUCU